AUGACUUUGCUUGGGCCAAAGUCCUUGUAUGAUGCGCUGUUGGUGGAUCAGAAUGCCACGUUGGAUGAGAUCAAGCUGGCGUUCAAAAAGCGGGCGCUGCAGGUUCAUCCAGACAAAGGUGGCAGCAAGGAGGCCUUCCAUUUGGUCUACCAGGCACUUGAGACCUUGGCUGACCCAGAAGCUCGCAAGAUUUAUGACCACAGUCUCUCCAUCAGGAAGUCCCGAAACAUGCAACAGCAACGACCUGGGGACGUCCGGGGAAAGAAGACGACCGUGAGGAAACAUUGCCACUCUACUGCGAAGGAAGCACAAUCAAAAAGGCGCGCUCCAAACCCCAAAUGCAAGCCGAGGCCUAGGGGGAACACAGGAAGUGAACCAUCACCUCGGCCACCACAGUCCAAGCAAACCAAGCUCUUGAUCAAGAUCCGUGAUCUCUUGAAACAGUUGCCUCGAGACGUGCGGAACGACGCGAUCAGCAACGAUUUCUCUCAGAAGCAGCGGCUGAUCCUGGAGAAAUGGAUGGUGGAUUCCUCAUCACAGGCCCAUGGCGCUGCCGAAGCAGCACCGUUGACAUCAGCUGAUCUGAAUAGUGGUGCCACCUCAACUGAUCAGCGCAGCGUGAAGGAUACGAUCCGAGAUGUAAGAGGUGUGACACUUGGUGACGGCUGUAGUUCUUUGGCCGUCCAACCAUUCGAAGUGUUUGAGCCAAUGCGAUUUGCAAUACCAGGAGGUGCGGGGAUCCGGAGCAUGCCCUUUGUGCCAGCAACUGCAAGGAAAAGAUCCAGGAACAAAUCCAAAACGGAUAACAAUGAUAAGCAACGAAAAGUGUCAAGUUCUGGCUGCAUAUGGAAAGUAAAUGACCACUACAGGGCCGGCAUUAAGUUUGAUGCGCUUGAACUUCACACAGGACAGUGCGAUUUACAGACUGCUUUGGAAUAUUUGGUGAUCCUAACCUCUGUCAAGCAAAAGGUGCAGGAUGGCAAUCGCCUGCCUACCCACCUUGAGGAACGCUUGCAUGCAGCGCUUGUAGCUUCGGCAAAGGAGCAUGGCAGAAAUUUUCAGGACCUGCAAGUUCGUUAUGCUGUCAAUCAAAGAGCCAGUGUCUUCAUUGGUCAGCAGCUGAUGCUGAAAUCCCCAUGCGUGCGAAGUGUUGAAACCUUGAAGAAAAUCCGUGUUUUCCUGGAUCCUUUUCGUGCAUACGCACGAAGAAACUUGAAAGGAGCUAAGAUGUUUUGGCAGUAUAGCCCAGCCCAUCUCGAAUAUGCAUGGGAACGAUUUCAAGAGGCGGUGGCUAAAGCAUGGGAAAUUGCAGGGGCAGACAGCACAAAAUUUAUGACGAAGGUCCGUGCUCGCUAUGAAGCAAGCGCAACCUCACGCCAAAGGAAUCUGCAAUCCUGGGAAAGGCAGCAUAUGGCCAAGGAGGACAAGAACAAACACAGGCCAAGGAGUUUGCAAGACCGCGGCACCAAGCGUUUGGAGGGUCGGGAACGGCGGCAUAUGGCAAGGCAUGACAAGAGCAAGCUCCAUCCCCUCCACACAGGUGGUCCAAAAGUUUCUGGCCGGAAAUGCGCUACAGAGGGCAUUUUGAGGCAUAAAAUGUCGACCUUAAAGAAAUUUCUUGCAAGAUGGGAACGUCUGCUCAAAAUCCAGGCGCGCUUUGCGGACAAAGAGUAUCGCAAAGCUUUGCGACUGCGCAAAUUGCAGCAGAAAAAAGACACUGAGAAGCGAAGGCGGCAGGAAGUGCUCAACCAAAAGCAGGUCCGCGAGGAAGAACGCUUGAGAAGAGAAAGCCUUCGAAAGCGGAUGAAAUCCAGAUGCAUCAAAUGCCAAAAGUGCCCCUUCCCCAACCAAGCUGCCCGGUUGAUAGUUCUUCCUGUGCUGGAUGGUGGAUAUUUAGGUGCCUUCCAGUGGCCGGCGAUGCAGAGCACGAGGUGUUCGAUCAGCCAACUCUUCGCCAUGUUGCGCUGCGUCCGGGUUUUGGGCAUCUUUUCCCGCAGCCUUCGGGGACCAUGGCUGCAGCCAGUGCGUUUGGGCCACAGCAGGGCGAAUGGCAAGUGGCAGAGGCACAGGAAGCCGUCCUGGCUCCGGGAGAAGGAGAUUCCUGUGGAUCCAGCAGCGCUUGAAGCUGAAAUCCGGGGGAAGUUGGAGACCGAACAGAAGCAGGUCUUGGAUUUGGUGCUGGCUGGUCACAAUGUCUUUCUGACUGGAUUCCCCGGCACUGGCAAGAGUUUCCUUUUGCAAAAAAUGGUGCAGCUCCUCUGCCAGCAGAGAGGCAAAGAGGCUGUUGGCGUUUGUGCUGCAACAGGUGUGGCCGGGAUUCGCAUCCGCGGCAGCACGGUGCAUUCAUUUCUGGGUUGUGCCAAGGCCGAAAAUGACCAGGACUGGGAGAGAGCCAAACGAAAUCCACAAGUUCAAGAGCGCCUUAGCAAGUUGCAAGUCUUGCUGUUGGAUGAGGUGAGCAUGGUGUCCAGCGAUUUCCUGGACCGCGCCAGCCGAUUGGUGAGUCAUGUGCGGAAUGUUCACGACCAACCCUUUGGAGGAGUCCAGGUCAUUUUGUCCGGGGACUUCUUGCAGCUACCUCCAGUGCGGGCAGAUGCUAUGGCCUUCGAGUCUUCUGUGUGGCAAGAGCUCAACUUGAAGCAUAUCACUUUGCAACAGAACUUCCGUCAUGUGGAUGCCAAGCUCCAAGAUCUCUUGGCCCAGCUUCGUCACGGCAAUCUUCCCAUAGCUUCUCUGCGGGCCGCUGCCAGCACGGCGGGGCCAGAGGAUGGUUCCACCCGUCCGACCAUCGUCAGCACCAACGCGGAGGCAGCGGCGGAAAACCAGCGCAGGUUGGAAGCGCUGCCGGGCCAAAUGCACACCUUCAAGGCGCAAAACUGGUUUGAAACAUCCAGUUCCAGCAUCAAGAAGGCAAUGGAAAAUCUUUGCACCGAGAAAGUCCUGCAGUUGAAGGUGGGUGCCCUGGUGAUGCUAUUGGUCAACAAGCGCCAGCCAAGUAAGUGCCGAAACCAUACAGCAGAAUCCAUGCCAUUCAGCUUGCCCAACCUGCAUGACAUGAUGGUUUUGCCCAAUGGCUACGGCGACACGCCUUUGGUGAAUGGAAGUGUUGGGGUGGUGGUGGGAUUUGAGAAGUGGGAGGAGGAUGGCGUCGACUAUCCAGUGGUGGAAUUUGCUCAGAAAGAGCGGGUGCACAUCACCCCACACACUCAAAGCGGAGAAUUGGGACAUCUAGGCAAGUACGAGAGGAGGCAGGUGCCCUUGAAGUUGGCAUGGGCGUUGACCGUGCACAAGACUCAGGGUUUAACUUUGCAGGCAGCCGACCUGAAAUUGAACAAGAUCUUUGAGCCAGCCCAGCUUUAUGUGGCGUUGUCGCGUUUCCGUAGCUUGGAGUCCGUCAGCAUCAGUGGCUUACCCUCACGGCUGCCUCGCAUCUCACCGACCAUGCAGCGUGCCGUGAAGUUCCACGAAAGUAUUGGAGGGGCUGCUGAAGGUCCUGUGCAGAAUAUGCGAGGUUUGAAGGAGUUGCAGUUGCAUGGAGUCGAUCAAAGUGCUACAUUGGAGGAGAUCAAGUUGGCCUUCAAACGACGUGCGCUGCAGGUUCAUCCAGACAAGGGUGGCAGCAAGGAAUCCUUCCAUUUGGUCUACCAGGCACUUGAGACCUUGGCGGACCCAGCUGCGCGCAAGAAGUACGACCAAGGCCUAGCUACAGGGAAGUCUGGAAACUUGGUGCAACCACAACCAGAUGGCCAAACAGGGAGGAAGAAAACUUCAAAGAAACGUGGCCGCUCUGCAGCAAGCGAGGCACAUCCAAAGCCAGAAAAGGCUGAACGUCCAAAACCAAAGGCUGCUCGAGGCCAAGCUAAGCCUGAAUCAAAGGCGCCCCAAGCGCCCCAGUCCAAGCAAACCAAGCUGUUGAUCAGAAUCCGUGAUCUCUUGAAACAGUUGCCUCGAGACGUGCGAAAUGAUGUGUUCACCAAGCAGUUCUCACAGCAGCAGCGGCUGAUUCUGGAGAAAUGGAUGGUGGAAGGGUCAUCAGCGACUCAAGGUUGCUCAGAGUCCCAGGUACAGACGGUCGACAAGGCUGAUAAGACUGCAAUGCGGCCAGAAGACCGCAAGACCUGUGUGGCGGCCUGCAAACUAGAGCCAUCACAUGUGCCAGAUAGGAGUUGCAGUGCCUUUGCCGUGCCAGCCAGUGCCAGAUCAAGUGUAAAAGAGGAUGUACUCAGGACAAGGAGACGGAAGAUAUCUUCCAAAAAGCAGAUCAGAGACAAGAAGAGCGAGUCCAACAAAAGGGUGCGGAGCAUGUGUGGGGCCGUUUGCAAAGAGCCGGGCUAUUCGGCCGUCGCUUGCUACAGGGCUCGAAUUCGUUUUGAUUCAUUUGAGAUGUAUACUCAACGGUGCGACUUGCAAACAGCUCUUGAGUAUUUGGUGAUUUUGACAUCUGUGAAACAAAAGAUGCAAGAAAUGACAAGAAGUUCAAGCACAUGUGCUUCUUUUGAGGAACGCUUGCAAAAAGCCUUGUCUUUAUCUACCAAAGGGCACAAGACCGAGCUCAACCUCCGCUUUGUGGUUCUUCAAGCCUCUGGAUAUUUGGUUGGAUCUGGCUUUCUAAUUCGGACCCCGAAGGUUCGCAGCGUGGAAGAACUUGGACAACUGCGCAGACUCCUGGAGCCUUUUCGCCAAUAUGCCACCUGCAAAGGCCGGCAAAAUCCCUUCUGGCAGUAUAGCCCAGUCCAUAUCCAAGAUGCUUGGGAACGGUUUCAAACUGCAGUGGCUAAAGCCUGGGAAAUUGCAGGGGUGGAUAGCGCAGCUGUCCUUCAGAAAAUACGGACUGUGAAUGCAGCCAAUGCUGAAGACCGCAACAGACACCUACAGGCCUGGGAGCGGCAUGGCAUGGGAAUGCAGGACAAGAAUAAGCACCGUCCAAAGCGUUUGCGAGACAAGAACAGCACUGGUCGCCUCGAAUGCUCAGAGCGGAGGAAGAUGGCCAUGGAAGACAAGCACGAACAUCGCCCAAAAAGACUCAGAGUACCUGUGCACCUUCGUGUUCCUGAUGACAUUGUGGCAAACAAUUUGUUUACUUUAAAGAAGUUUCUUCUCCAAUGGGAUCAUGUGCUGAAAAGACAGGAGCGUAAAGCUGCGGCCAAAAGGCGCCGUGAGACUUUAAAGAGACAAAAGAAAUAUCGAGAGGAACAACGCCGGCUGAAGGUCAUGAACCAGAAGAAACACCAAGAAGAAGAACGGUUGAGAAGAGAGGCUCUUCGAAGGAGGAUGAGGUCGGACCUCACCAUGGAUGACAUUCUUGGACCUCAUCGCGCUGCCGCGAAUCCGCCGUGUGCGCAGGUGAAAAUCAGCGUCAAUAUGCUUUAG